AUGUAUGAUAGACUCGACGGGCGCAGUCUUAAGCCCAACUUUCUCAAGGGGGUUGGAGAGUUCAUUGAGUUUUGCAAAGAGCAUCCAAUAUGCAAUGAUGGUGACAAAAUAAGAUGUUCAUGCCCCUUGUGUGAUAACAGACGUUGCCAUGAUACUGAAACAGUUAGAGUAUAUUGGUACAAGAAGGGGUUUGUUAGUAAUUACUAUCAAUGGAUAUGUCAAGGGGAAAGCUUAGUAGAGUCCUCGCACGUUCAGCCAAAUCAAUAUCGUGAUAUGGUUAUUGAUGCUCUUGGAAAUAAUCAAGAGCAUUUGUUGAAUGAAGAGGGUAAUUCAGUUGAAGAAGAACCAAAUGAUGAAGCUAAGAAGUUUAUAGACCUUCUAAAGGCAGAUGGAGAUCCAUUAUAUGAAGGGAGCAAACUCUCUGUGUUGGAGAUGGCAUCAAGAAUUGCAAGUUUGAAAUGUGAAUUCAACUUAAACCACAGGUGUGUGGAUGGGUUUGCAUCUUUGUUGAAUGAUGCGAUUCCAAAUAACAACCAAAUGGGUAGAACUUUCAAUAGCACAAAGAAGGUUCUUGAGGGCUUGGAACUUCCUCAUGAGAGGAUCCACACAUGCCCUAAAGGUUGUUUGCUCUUCUGGAAAGGCGAUGCACAGUUAGAUAAAUGUAGAGUAUGCGGAAGUGAUCGGUAUAAGAAGACUGCAAAGGGUAAGCUUAUUCCAGCAAAAGUUCUAAUCUAUUUUCCAAUCACACCGAGGUUGCAAAGGUUGUAUUCUACCAAGAACAUUUCGGAGGAUAUGACUUGGCAUGCCAAGAAUCCCCGAGUUCAAAACACCUUCGCACAUCCUAGUGAUAGUCAAGCGUGGAAGCACUUGGAUACAACCUUUCCUAAUUUCGCAUCAGAGCCACGAAAUGUCAGGCUUGGUUUGUGCACGGAUGGAUUUGCCCCCCAUGAGUUGAAACAGUUACGGGAGGUUGGGGCUAUGACUUAUGACAUCUCAAGCAAGCAGAAUUUCAACCUCCGCGCAACCCUUUUGUGGACUAUUAGUGAUUUCCCUGCAUAUGGCAUGCUAUCUGGAUGGUCCACUGCUGGAAAGAAGGCUUGCCAUUAUUGUAUGGAUAAAAGCAAGGCAUUUUGGCUUGAACAUGGAGGUAAAGUUUCAUGGUUUGAUUGCCAUCAACAAUUCAUUCCACAUGAUCACCCUUUUCGAAAGAAUAAAACAGCUUUCUGCAAAAACAAAGUUGAACAUGGCAUGGGUCCGCAUAUAAUGUGUGGAGAAGAAUUGUGGCAAUGUGUGAAGGACUUGCCUAAAGCAACUGAUGGUCCUGAAGCUCUUAAGAAGUUGAAGAGUGCCUAA